UUUCUCCUUUAUUCGAUCUUGGAGAAAUAAGUGUUUCGGAGGCAGUGAAACGUUUUGCGGAUUUAUAGAGAAGAAAAUCAGUUUGUGCAAUAGGACAGACAGCUUAAUUUCUGCUAAAUGGGUGAUUACGGAUUCGCCUUACAGUCGGCACUGCUCACCAGUAGCGGCAGCAAUAAUAAUUUCUCCCUCCCGACGUUACCUUCGUCCAAACACCGCAACAGCCCGACGAAUAUGAUGUAUGAUAUCCUCAAUAAUAACUCGUGUCUGUUUUCCCCCCUUUCAGCUCAGCAAACCAUGCAGGAUGAUUUACUGAUGGACAAAAGCAAAGCUCAGCCUCACCAGCAGCAAGAUCCAACAAACAUUGAUCCUCCUCCUACCCCGAGCCCUUCAUCGGAUCUCCCAGUCUCGGAGGACAGCCCGAGUGUGACCAGCCAAGCACCUUCGAUACAGAGUAACAAAGAGAAAGUAGCGAUGGAGUCGCCGAUCCUGCCGGGUUUGAGUUUUCAUCAGCCACAGGAGACCGGCGGAACCUCGUUGUCUCCAUCAUUCGGUAGCACUUGGUCUUCCGGAACCACGAAUGCGGUAGAAGAUAGUUUUUUUCAAGGAAUACCUUCGGUUAACGGGACGAUGCUUUUCCAAAACUUCCCCCACCAUGUCAACCCGGUUUUCGGAGGCAAUUUCUCACCUCAGAUUGGCUUGGCACAGUCUCAACAGCAACAAGCACAGCAGCAGCAGCAGCAGCAGCAGCAACAGAGGAGGUCUCCUGUAAGCCCAAACCAAGCCCCCUUCCCUCAAAGAAAUGCGUACAACCACCAGUCCGUCAUGAACAGCAAGGUCUCCUCGUCCUCUUCAUCCGCUUGGAAUAAUCACCAGAACGCUGUUUGGAGCACAGCCUCGAAUCCCUGGAGCGGGCUCCAGGCAGGCAGAGACCCGCGGAGAGCGGUAGGCGUCGGGGUUGGGGUGGGCGUAGCAGUCGGGGUUCCCUCUCCUCUCAAUCCCAUCUCUCCGAUGAAAAAGCCCUAUCCCAGUAAUGUCAUCGCACCACCGAAAUUUCCGAGAGCCGGUCCCCUUACACCAAAACCCUGGAUGGAGGAUAACGCCUUCAGAACAGACAACAGCAACAAUAUAUUACCUUUUCAGGACCGGAAUCGGCCCUUUGAUCCAUUUAGCUUGCAAACUUUGGAGAAUUCCUUAAUGGAUAUGAUAAGGACUGACCACGACAAAGGACGCAUGGGCUUGAACUUUAACCACCCAGCAGCUGAACACAUAAUGCCACUGACCAGGAGCUUUGGUCGCAGAAGAGGUCGCUCGUCACUGUUUCCUUUUGAGGAUGGUUUUCUGGACGAUGCCCACGGGGACCAGUCCCUGACCCCAGGCCUGAACUCACCCACUCGCUGUCAGAAUGGAGAGAGAAUGGAGCGCUACUCCAGGAAGGUCUUUGUUGGUGGCCUGCCUCCAGACAUUGAUGAAGAUGAGAUCACUAACAGUUUCCGUCGCUAUGGGCACCUGGUGGUAGACUGGCCCCACAAAGCAGAGAGCAAGUCCUAUUUUCCUCCUAAAGGUUAUGCCUUUCUGCUGUUCCAGGAGGAGAGCUCUGUGCAGGCCCUCAUUGAUGCUUGUAUCGAGGAAGAUGGAAAGCUGUACUUGUGUGUCUCCAGCCCCACCAUCAAAGAUAAACCAGUCCAAAUCCGCCCGUGGAAUCUAAGUGACAGUGACUUUGUGAUGGAUGGAUCUCAGCCUCUGGACCCACGCAAGACCAUCUUUGUGGGAGGGGUCCCACGACCUCUGCGUGCAGUGGAGCUGGCCAUGAUCAUGGACAGGCUGUAUGGGGGUGUGUGCUAUGCUGGCAUUGACACUGAUCCUGAGCUGAAAUACCCCAAGGGGGCGGGCCGAGUAGCCUUCUCCAAUCAGCAGAGCUACAUCGCUGCUAUCAGCGCUCGAUUUGUCCAGCUGCAACACAACGACAUUGACAAACGGGUGGAGGUGAAGCCCUACGUGCUGGACGAUCAGAUGUGUGACGAGUGCCAGGGGGCACGCUGUGGGGGCAAGUUCGCGCCCUUCUUCUGUGCCAACGUCACCUGCCUGCAGUACUACUGCGAGUACUGCUGGGCCAGCAUCCACUCGCGCGCCGGGCGCGAAUUCCACAAACCGCUGGUUAAGGAGGGAGGGGACCGCCCUCGCCACGUCUCCUUCCGCUGGAGCUGAUGGGGGGAGGCGGGCUCACCCCACCCCUGUCCCACCCACGACUGAGCCUCUCCUCCAUCCCAGUCAACCAACCAACCACCACCACAGUCACGACAACAAGGAACGACUAUAAUGGAAGAUAACAUGGGUCGUCUUAUUAUUUUUUAAUUUAUUUUAUUUUUUAUUUUUUUAGGAAAAAAAAAAUCAUCACAGCUCUUAACAUCUUUGCCCACUAUAUUCUCUGCUAAUGAACAUUCAGAUAAAUAAGGAUUUUGAGUCUUUUUGCUCAGAAAUUGCACUUUGGCACACGUACACAGACCACACUUAAUAAUGUUAGCUAGGUUGUGAGAAUACUGUUCUUUUCAAGUUUAUUUUGGUUUUCUUUUGAUUUGGUCAGUCAGUGUUCCCUAUAGGAUACUGUUACACAAGAGUGAGACUACACACACACACACACACACACACACACACACACACACACACACACACACACACACACAGAGCCCUAUAUAUAUUUAAAAAAAGAAAAUAUAUAUAUAUUGUUUUGUAUCUAUCUAUAAACGUAGAUAAUUAAUUUGGGGUUUUUGUGAAAGGAGUAUGCACUUAUUUUCAAAAAACUAUAGAAGAAAAUGAGGGAGACAAAACAUUACCAAAGGUGAAGCAUAUUAAUUCAUUACAUAAUCCAGAUAUAGGUGGCAUAAGAUGUAGCAAAAUUCAACAAUUAUGACAUUCUGUAGUAAAAACAAACAAAAAAAGUUUAAAUAAAUAAAUUCACCCAAAUUAGAAUAAUUACCUUUUAUGCUCUCCAUGUUGAAAAUAGUACUAUUAAUACCUCAUGUGCGCAAUCAGAUUUUUUUUUUCUUCUUUUCUUAUAAUUUUUAGGCUUUUAUUUUUAUUUUUUAAAUGGUAUUAUUUUUAGUGUUAUGUACAUGUAAUGCUGCAAUAGCUUUUGCUGCUAAAUCCAUGGUAUAAGAACCUAUACCAUCGUACUUUAUUCAGGCUAGGGUGUGGACGAGAAGAAGUAAGGGUGCCUGGUUCUGAGGCCGACAGGUUAGCGAGAGGUCACCACACUUAGUGGCUUUGGUGUUCCCCUCAGCUGCAUGGCCAUCCCAGUCAGGUCACUGCAUGCAACAGAACUGUAGUUAUCCAGUCUACUAUCCAACUUGACCCACUUUGCACACCGUAGGUGAACACCGAGCACGAACGUGGAGAGGAAAGAGGCCGGGUGUGGGAUCAAAGCUGCCGCCACUGAAACCCGAUUUCUUUGCUGAUCGUGUCAAAGUUGCAAGAGCAUGAUGAGAUGUCUAACCUGCAGUUAUGAGUUAAAAGGCCUAGAUGUAGGAUAGCCUUCAAACAAACUGUCUCUAAUAGGUGAAGAACAUUUUUCAGUGGUUGUUGAUAUAAUUGUGCAAUUUUUUAUACAGUAUAUAGUUAGGUUUGAGUAUGCCUAGAACUGUGAUUCGCUUUAACUGUUAUUGAUGUCUAACAAGUCCUGUGAAACUUCAUAAUCAGUGUAUACAGUACACACCAACAAGUACACAUAGUCUCUUCCCUGUUUGUCCCACACACACACACACACACACACACACACACACACACUUUUGUUAGUUCUCACUCACACGAUACAGAGAAAAGAAAGUCUGCUUGACUCUGAGAAAUGGCAGUUCUCUAACACACCCUCCCUAGCCCCCUAAAAAAGAAAAACACCAAAGAGCUCUCACAGUCUACAAUCAAACCACACAGCACUGUCACCUUCACUAGAAAUCUCAGUGUCGGGCCAUGUAACUUAUCCUGUUAAACUAACCUGACUAGCGAGGUGAUUAGAAGAAAAGAGAAUGCUGUGUCUUUAAAAAGAAACAAAAUAUCCUGUGAUGGGGAAGUGUGUGUGUUUGAGCUCCCUCAAAAGCCCACAUUGCACGCUCAAACCUUGUGGCAGUAGGGCAUUGGAUGCACAUUGCCAGAACCUUGUGUGCACGCAGCAUUUAUAUACCGAUUUUCCUGCAAAGCUUGAAGAAUAGAAACAACCUGCUAAUAAUGACGGUGGAUAUUUUUUAAAAUAAAAAUAGUUUAUUGUACGAACAUGUGAGCGGGUGGGUGCGAGGGUGGAUGGGGUGUGGCUUACAGAAAAUGCAAUGUAACGAAACCAAGUACUGGCUGCUGCGAUUGGAGGAAAAUCAAAAGUUUGAUAAGCGUGAACUGGGGGCUUAGCAACACUGGGCUAUUGAACACGUGGCAGGGGUCGGGAGAAUCCUAGUGACUCCUUCAACACACUGCGAGCAAGCUGUGUGUGUACCACCCUGUUCAGGCUUUGUGUGGUGGUUUUUCCUCAUGCUGAUAAACCCUAUAGCCCUAUGUCUUGCGUAUUUAGUCAUAAACUGUCAGCUCUAGGAUGGAACAUUUUUGUUCAUAGAAAAUGAUGUAAAAAACUUUAUUGAUGGGAAACUAUAAUGAGUAAUAAUGAGUAUCCGUAUGGAUGUGGAUUCUGGGUGGUUUUGUGAUGUUUCCUUCCCUGUCCAGGAGUGUUUUCUAUAUUUGUUCCUUUUUCUGUAAUGGACAUUUGUUAUGCACUACUCUUUAUAUCUGGAUGGUUAGCUAUCAGUCAGCUUUUUUGUUGUCGUUGAGAGAGGAAAAAAAAAAACAGAAACUGUGUGCUUUCUGACUGACAUGAUCUUUUGCAAUACCUCAAUUUUGAAAUAUAGGAGAGAAAUUGAUAUUUUCUAAGUAAGUUUAUUCAAAUACAAAAUAUAUAUUAAUUUAAAUUUGCAAAAAAAAUGAUUUAACAGAUGGUAAUUUUAUUUUUGUCAUGUUUGUUUGCUUUUAUUUUUAAUUUUAUUUUUUGAAAAAUAAAAAGUAAAAAAAGCAACUGAAGGAGCUAGAGCUUUAUAACUUUAAUAUAGUAAUAGUUAGCUGAAGUAUAGUCUAUCUUAAACUCGCGUAAGAGGCGUAGUUUCCCUGCCCUCGUGACAUGACAGUGUUAAAAAUCAGUUCUCAUGAAUCCCACCCCCUACCGAAAAAGAAAAAUUAAUAAAAUCAAACGUUCAUUAGGUGCUGAGAGUCAACUAAAGAUACUUCCCUUUUUGUAUGUUUAUAAUCAAUCAUUUAUUAUGCUGACCAGUGAAAUGAAUCUUUUUUUUUUAAGAACUUUUUUAUGUUUAAGUGUUCCCCAUUUGUUUUGUAAAAGCAAAAUUCCCUAAUUGUUAAUCUAACAUAGUUUAAGCUAAAGUGAUUUGUGAGGGUUCUUGUAAAAUGAAUAGAAAGAGAGAAGAGUGUUAUUUUUUAAAAAGAAAGAUGCUAAAUGUAUCACCUGUAACUUGAUGGAAAGUCCCCAAGGUACAUCAGUGGUAUGGUGGCCUUCUCUUCACCUAAGACUUGAAUUAGUCCCAUUUUUUAAGGCUGUAACCUCGAUUCUUUGUUGUAAUGUGCAAUACUGUUUGUACUGUUUGUAAAAAAGAAAAAAAAGAAAAGAAAAAGGCACAAAUCUUUAUUGCAGAUUUAUUUUCAUUGCAAGCAUUGUGAUUCACUAAAAUCAUUUUCUACUGUGUAUUUACCUACUCUACAUGCUAGUAUACCUUCCAGUGGUAAUGUAGCCUUUGUACUGAGAAAUUUUUUCAUUAUUUUUAGAGAUUUUUGCAAAAAAAGAGAGGAAUUUAAAACAUUUACAUAUUUUUUUUUUUUUUAUUUCAUAUUUCUUUACAAACUUAUUUCUCAACCAUUAAUAUUAGCUAUUUCUGGGGGAGACUUUCAUAUCUGGUCAAUGUCAUUAAUAUUAUUUUGUAUUUUUACUUGGAAUAAAUUAAUUUUAUGAUGCUAAUUCUUAAAAAAAAAACUUUUUUUUUUUUUUUUUUGUUCAUUUUAUGAAGCUGAAAACCUUUGUAAUGUUACUAAAGUGUCUAGACCUUUUUUGAAACGCAGAGCUUUGUGUUAACUUGCUGAUGUUGCUCACAUUAGCGUGACUGAUCCAAAGUCAGCAGUGGGGAGAAAAACAGUCAAAGAAUGAAAAGGAUGCACGGUAACGUAAAGUGACUGGCCAUGUACUGAGUGAAUGGGCAAUAAAACAGAACGACAGAAAGGGGCAAACUUAUCUGAGGUGAAUGUUGUAAAGCAACGGGAGCUGGAUAGUACUAUAAUCACUUCUACUUUAACUGCUUCCACUUUCACCUCACUUCUGCAGCCAAAGGGGAUGUCACAAGACCUUUCUGGAAGCGUUUCCCAUCUUGUUAACCCACAAAUGCUCAGUGCAGACGCUUUUAACAUCCAUAGCAGCAUGGGCUAGACCAAGGCCAGCAAAAUGCUAUAUACCCUUGCAUGAACGGGCUACACCGUUGCGGAUGCGUAGUUGUGUUGUGGGCUCGUGUUAAGUGAUUACGGAUCACAGCUCUGAUGACUGGCCUGCCCACGACCGUGUUGCAGCAUUACUCCAUUUGUUCAGAGCUUUAGGCAGUGUUCCAGCAGUGGCGAUGUGCUAACCCCUUUGGUGCCAAGGUCAAAAUCAGUAGGAAUGUUCCUUUGAGCUUGCCCUUUUUUGUAUGGUUUGGUCUUUCACCAAUCCUGAACUUGUGCACCAACCUGCAGCUGUCCUCCUUUUAGGUUUUUUUUUUUUUUUUUUUUUUUUUUUUUUUUGCUCAUACCAUUAUUUUUUCAUGACUAUCACACUGCAACCGUUUUUGUACGCCAUGUAAUAAAAUGACCUUACUGUUAUAAUUGAUAGGGUCACUAAACAGUUGGUAGGGGAGAAGAACAGGACAAGAGCCGUGUGGUGAUGGCUGUUUGACAUAAUCGCUGUAGAUGUCUAUAUAUUUCGUGUAACACUAGAUCCGAGUAGUAUUUACUCAUCUGUGCUUCAUGGUCAUUCUCUGUGGGUAAACUUAUAGCCCACCCAAUCAUGUUGUGAUUUCCAAAAAAAGCUAAUUAAUAUUAAUAUAUAUAAAUAUAUAUAUAUAUAAAUAAAAAUAAAUUGAUUUUCUUUUUCUAAUUUGUUUUAAUUUAUAAAUAAUGACAGGUUCCAUCAUGACAAGGUUUUGGGAUUGUUGACUUGAACCUAUGCUUGUCUAAUGUUGUAGUUUAACUGUGAUUAAAAAAACAAAAACAACAACAAAAAAAAAAAAA